UUGAUGAAUGACGACAGCAGCGAUCUGGCUUCACUCAGCUCAAAACUCUUAGGACCCCUGCUUCCACUUUCGGAUCGGCAUGUCAAAUUGUCCAAAGAUCUGUACCCUUACUUUCCGAUGCCGAAGAAAGCAAAGUCAGCCCAAUUAUGGAUUUUGUCAAAAAUUGGAAUUACCUUUGCCAAGUUUUUAAGAUUAUUACUACGGUUUCAUGCAUUCCAUAUGUUGUAGUGAUAACGACAGUCACAUGCAGCGAACCCUCACUGCAACGGAACAAUGGAUGUAUUCUGGUCCGUUUAAAUUCAAUUUUUAUGCAAGCAUCGUCGAUGGUACUACUGCGGUAUUGUCCGGUGUAUGUACAACGACAUCUAGAUUUAAGGAUAAACGAUCAACCCAUGCGGUCAAUCAGUCAUUCAUAGAUUUGUUAAUAUCACUCGCCGGACCAUGCGUUCUGAAAUACAUUGGGGACGUUUCUAAUAUACCUGAAGACCCCGUGAAAAGAGUUAACUACGUUCUUAAGCUGUACACGAACGUUUUAGACUUCUUGGCUGUUCAAGGUGCGCUUUUAGCCCAUGUAAAUCCCCAGUUCCUACUCAGUUUCAAUGAUUAUUUACUAUACGAUACCUGGAGUGAACGAAAUUCGGCUGCAGCUGAACCACCGUCAGAAAUGGCAAAUACAUUACAACGUGAAAAAAUUCCGAAAGAAUUAUUCCAAUCUCGUAGCAUGCAAUGCUGGCUUGACGUAGCCUUGCAAACUUUCAAGAUCCUGGUCUUAAAGCGAAUAAGUGUGAGGGAUUCUGAGAGCAAAACCGUCAGUCCUCAGAAUCGAAGUAAUUCAGGCACCGUAACCUUAGAAUCGAACACUGUGAGCGUACUCGAAUACCCCACAAACAAAACGAGUUUUACAGGGGAGUCGAAGGACACCUCUCGAUACACAGUCGAAGAAAUCAUUCUAUUGAACUGGCUGCAGCAUCAUUUCAAUCAGCAAAGAUCCGAGGAAUGGAUGAAAGAUGACAAAGCCAACAUGAACCCUCGUCAAAGAAUGGAUGUUCUCCAACCGCGAACAAUAUCAAACUUUGAGAGCGAUCUUUCCGAUAGCCUGGUGCUCAUUGCUGUUACCGCAGCUCACUGUCCAUACCUUAUUCGAGACCAUUUUAAAAAUAUCUACAUCGCUCCACAAAAUAUGGAAGAAAUAUUUCAUAAUGGCAUCUGUCUCACUGCUGCUUGGCGAAGAGUUCGUAUCGGAUUUAUGAUUACCGCUGCUCAAAUUGUCAACCCAAACUGUGUACAAAUGGUGAUGCUCGUCACCCAUCUUUAUUCCAUUCUUCCAACUCUUCGGCCCAGUAAGCAGCUACAGUUUUGCUGUCCGUUAACGGAAACCAUCACUCGUCAGAUAACAAUUCAGAAUGCAUCGGAUUUUCCUGUUAGUUACAUCGUUGAGUUCAUUGGCAACGAGAUGAAUUUCUUUACCGCCUUAGUCCAAAAAUCAAUAAUCAGCAUUAACAACCAGGCCUCUGGAAAAUUGAGAAUUCGAUAUCAUGCUAGGAAAAUUAUUGAAACCAGGGCUUUUCUUAUUCUGUGCGGUUCUUCCGUCGCGCCGCACUUUGCACAGAAUCAUGUUUUCGAAUUAGAGGGAUGCACGAGCUAUCUGGGCAUCACAAAUAACUACGAUAUCGAAGGAAUACUUUACAAAGUCUGCGAGGAGACUUUAAACAUUUCCGUCCCUUUUAAAGAGGCAGCUGAAUACAAUAUUUCAUUUGCCGAGGAACAGCCUACAGUCCCCGCAUCUCUGAAAUUGAGUGGGUGGGCGGAUUUGAGGAACAGAAAAGUACCUCGUCGCUUAUUUCUCAAUCAGAAAACUAUUAUUGCCAAGGAGAAUGCAUACCAAGCUCAUUUGUCAAUGACUGUCGCGUGUAUCGCCCCGACUAAACGAUCUUUCUGGAUUGUUUUCGAAUCUGGAAUCGGUGACUUUAUUAUUCAAAUAAAUUCAACUUCGAAGAAAUCAACAACAGAUUACGUUGCUGUUGAAUGGGAACGUGAAAUAUGUGUGUGCAACAAUUUACCUCAGGAAUCAUCCAGCAGCUGCCCAUUGAAUAUCGAAGUAGCAAUACCCGUUAGAAAUGUUCAGCUAUGGAAAUGCAUAAUCGAAAUGUUCCAGAAAACUUUAGAUUCAAAAGAAUGUUUAUUCUGGUCUCAUCAUUUAGAUACCGAUAUCGGUUUACGACUAAUUCACUGGCUUAUGGGCGAUUACAAUGAUUCAGCAGCAAAAGAGUUCAUGCACAUAUUCAAUACAUCUGUGGUUUACGAUGUUACGACCACGGAUGAUGGAAACCUCAUUGUCCCCAAAAAACUUGCUGUACAAGAUGUACGAACUCGUGGAACAGAAAUUAAUAUGUCAGUUCAUAUUUCGGAAACUACGCCUCAGUUCUACGAGACAUCGAUAAGACUGUCUUCUCCCGAUGGCAUGGAGCACCGUUCUUAUAAGAUUGACUUUCUUUGCAAAACGCCAUUACCAGCUUCAAUUGAUCUCAAAACAAGCAAUUAUCGCAAUAGAAGGGAGAAAUAA